AUGUCCAACUUAUCGCUCAGCGCAUUAUUCAUCAGCGUAAUCAUUAUAUACCUAGUAAACGAUGCGAGUCUACUGAACCCCAACCGGGGCAUCAAAAUCGACAGCAGAACAAACCAGGCAACAAGUGCUGGGGGUAAGUCAGGGGCGAACCCCGAGGGCAAAGCGCGGGGCAAACCAGUAAAGGCCGACACCGACGACGACGACGGCGAGUAUAUACCCGAAGCGGGCGAAGAGGUGGACAACACCGACGCCGUGGCGGGCGAUGACGACGGCGACGACGGCUCCUAUAAGCCGGAGGCCGGAGAGGAAACGGACAGUACGGACGCCGAGGCCGGCGACGACGGAGAGGACGGCUCGUAUAAGCCGGAGGCCAACGACGAACACGACGGCGAAGAGGAGGCCAAAGGGGGCGCCGCCGACGGGACUGAAGGUACGGACUAUACCGUAGAAGUGUUUGAUUAUCGAGAGGAGGGUAGCGAUGGGACAGACGGUACGGACAGUACUGUAGACUAUGUGGAAGAGGGCGAAGAGGGCACCGACUAUACAGAGGGUAACACCGAUUAUACCGGGGAUUACACAGAGGGUACUACCGAUGAGUAUGCGGAUAGUGGCGAACACGCCGGGGCUACCGAUUACCUUGAGUAUAGUGAUGCCACAGAGGCUGCUGAUGAGUCAGGCGAUGUGGAAUAUGUUGUGGAUGUUGAAUAUGUAGAUGACCAAGAUCAAUAUGAGAUUUUACGUGAUAAAAAGUCGCUAAUGUUUUAA